AUGGCGCCGCCAAUUGCAUCAAGCACGGUGAUGAAGACAAUGCUGGUGUUUACUCUGAUGAUGGUGUUCCUCCCCAUAUUUUCAUAUUUCUUCAGCAAGUCUGUAAUAUUUGAGGGAUUUUUCGGCAUGGUGCAUCAGAGCAGUUACUUUUACGCAGCAGUUGUGGCCAUAGCCGUAGUACAUAUCAUCCUGGGCAUGUUUAUUUAUGUGGCUUGGAAUGAAGACCCUAGACCGUACCCACAGUUCAAAAUUGACUAA